GGAGGACCGGACUCACUGGUGCGCGCUUUCGGCCGGGAGCGAGUCCCAGCCUAGCGUCGCCACGUUGUGGGUCGCUGUGAACGUCACCCUGACACCUGACGCUUUGGAGUGCUGGGGCCUGAAGUUCUCAGGGCUGAAUUUACAAAGAAAGGAAGACCUCUAAAAAGUCUUUGGAAACAUCUUUAAGUAUCCAAUGCUGUAUAAACAACAAAACAGAAACAGAUCCCAACCAAAGUAAUUGAAUGUUUGAGUCAGGUUUCUGUAUGCCAUUAAAUUCUGUCCAGAAAUUGAAGUAUCUUCCUUUGAAUUUAAGGAUUGUGUGAGUAUAAGAAGAGGAUGGCCUUUCAGUUUAAUUUCAGUAUCGAAGGCCAUCUGGAAAAUAAAUUAACACCCCUUGGUGAUGGAACUUUGACCCUCGAUUCCUCAAAAGAAUCAUCAGUUUCCAAAAGUCAAAAAGGAAAUCAGAAGGACAGAAAGCAUUCUGAGGAAGAGCAGGCUGACUUACCUCAGGAAUGCUUGUGGGAAUGUUCAUCUGUAGGAAAUGUGGGAAAUGCAGCUCCUGCUCAGGACACUGACAGUCAACGCAGUUUGGCCCACAGUUCUGGUGACUUGGAGCGGAGGGAAAAGCAGCCAUCUUUGAGAGUUGCCAAAGAACAUGCUCUGCCUAAAGAUUUAAAGCAAGUCUUAGAAAAUAAAGUCAUAGAAAUAUUGCCAGGUGUCUGGGAUACUAACAUAGCAGUAGUGAAAACCAUCUUGUUGAAAGAGAAGUUCCCUGGAGAAAACAUAGUUUCCAAAAGCCUUUCUUCUCACUCUGAUCUAAUUCCGGGUAUUUAUGAAGGAGGCUUAAAAAUCUGGGAAUGUACCUUUGAUCUCUUGGCUUAUUUCACAAAGGCAGAAGUGAAAUUUGCUGGGCAAAAAGUGUUGGAUCUUGGCUGUGGAUCAGGAUUGCUUGGUAUAACUGCAUUCAAAGGAGGGGCAAGAGAAAUCCAUUUUCAAGAUUAUAACAGUUUGGUGAUUGAUGAAGUGACCUUGCCUAAUGUGAUUGCUAACUUCCCUUCAGAAGACGAUGGGAAUGAUGUCAAUGAGCCAGAAGGAAAAAGAUGCAGGACGUCAACUGUAGCACAAGAAAUAUGUAAAUGCCGGUUCUUCUCUGGGGAGUGGUCAGAGUUUUGUAAGCUUAUAGGAAGUGAAGAGCUCUUUGUAAAGUACGACCUCAUUCUCACUUCUGAAACCAUUUAUAAUCCAGAUUAUUAUAGUACGUUGCACCAAACAUUCCUUAGACUGUUGGGUAAGAAAGGCCGGGUGCUUUUGGCCAGCAAAGCACAUUAUUUUGGUGUUGGUGGCGGUGUCCAUCUUUUCCGGAAGUUUGUAGAAGAAAAGGAUGUAUUUGAGACCAGAACACUCGAAAUAAUUGAUGAUAGUUUAAAGAGGUUCCUAAUUGAAAUAACUUUUAAGUACCCCAGUUAAUAUUCACUGAAUGGCCCAAUGAAAUAAACAGAAUAACCCAGA